AUGCGGCUGCUGCUGGAGGCAGCGCUUCUGUGCCUGACCCUGCGCCUGGGGCAGUGCUCCGAGGAGGCAGCACCCGACAGCACCGGCCACCAGGAUUCCCAGGCAGAGUCAUCCUAUUCCGACUGGGGCAUCGAGACCAUCCGGGAUGGUUUUGAGGCGGUGAACAGCUACUUCGACUCCUUCUUGGAACUGCUUGGGGGAAAAAACGGGGUCUGUCAGUACCGAUGUCGAUAUGGGAAGGCUCCCAUGCCACGGCCUCACUACAAGCCUCAAGAACCCAAUGGAUGUAGCUCCCAUUUUCUGGGGCUCAAGGUACCUGAAAGUCUAGACUUGGGCAUCCCUGCCAUGACCAAGUGCUGUAACCAGCUGGACAUUUGUUAUGACACCUGUGGGGCCAACAAGUACCGCUGCGACGCCAAGUUCCGCUGGUGCCUCCACUCCAUCUGCUCCGACCUCAAGCGCAGCCUGGGCUUUGUCUCCAAGGUGCAAGCCUGUGAAUCCAUGGCAGACACGGUGUUCAACGCUGUCUGGACCCUGGGCUGCCGGCCCUUCAUGAACAGCCAGAGGAGCGCCUGCAUUUGCAGCGAGGAAGAGCGGGAUGAACUGUGA